UAUUGUCGUUACACUCUGUCUUCUCCUCUCUCCUUCUUUCGUCCGUUAUAAAAAUUCUAAAACUGCUGUGACCUAUGACACAGAACUGGUCAAGAGCCUGCGAAGGGUCCAACUCGGUGAGCCGGCCGCCAAGGAUGGCCGGAUUUUGGCGCGUCGCUUCCAAGGCAUUUGUGUGGAUUGCGUGCACGGCUGGCUUUCUAUACCAGGCGUCCGAUGUGCUUCAGCUGUACAUCAAGCACGCCUUCACCGUGACCGUGUACAAGGAACACGGUUCGCGCCAGAUCCGCUUCCCCGCCGUCACCAUCUGCACCGAGAAAUGGUCUAAGCGAGACGUUCUCUGCGAAAACGACUCUCUCUGUCAGGACCCGACUGACAUCCUGGCUGAGCGGCUACUCUUCGACCCUGGCCUCCGCAGCGCGGCUGCCUACACUCCCAGCGAACUGUUCAACUGCCGCAUGCGCGCGCAGGACGACAAGUGCGCCGCGUUUUCCUGUAUCUCUAUGAUUCGGAGGACAUUCUACCGAACUCCCUUCCUCAUGUGCUACACAUUCGACCUCUACCAGUACGCGGAGCCCGGUCAUCCAUUUCGGUCGUGCGAAGUACCGUGGCUGUACGAACUGGAACUGACCUCCGAGUGGGACGCGCUCAAAACCGGGCCUACGGAUAACGUGUGGAGGUACCCGCUCAUAGUGCACGAACCAGAGAUAUGUCCGCCCGAGAAGCUGGCACCCAUACAUCUCAGGCAGGGAAUGCGCUAUACAGUGUCCAUAGCUCAGAGAGCGUUUCGACGCCUGCCCUACCCGAGCUCUUCGCGAUGCAGCGACUACCGGGCAAGAGGCCGGAUAAGCGCCUACUUCGGCUACAUGAACUACGAAGUGUGUCUGCAGGACUGCUUGAUACAGCGAGAGCUCAAAAAUUGUGGCUGCGCUCUUCCAGAACACGAGUUUGCCGUGACAACAUUCAAUGGGGCACUCUGCUCGAAAGAAAGGAAAAACAAAUGCGUGAAAAUUUUGCCCCGUGACCGUAAUACCAAAUUCUGCAAGGAGCGAUGCACAUUACCCUGCAGCGAACUUACCUACGACGUCAAGCUCGUUGGCCUUGCAGAAAAUGAGGGUCAGGAGGCACUCGCCUACAUUGGCGGCUAUAUCGGCAUGUGGCUUGGAAUAUCGCUCUACUCGGUCUACGUGUUCCUCGAAGCAUCGCUCACCACGUUUUUCCGCAGUCGCUGGCACCUGUUCAGGCACCUAAUUCAUCGCUAG